AUGACUGCUCAGCCGCCUCAACAGCAGCAGCAGCAGCCACCGGCGCCCGCCAUGGCACCCGCGAUGGCGCCAGUGGCUCCAGGCACUACUCCUGUGCCUGCCGCAGGUCCUCCUCCCGUCGGCCGCGCAUGGCACAUUACCAAGAUUGUCCUCGGCAGUGCCUCUCUCGUCUUCAGCAUCAUCCUUGUCGCCCUCUCGGCCGCCAGCUGGACCCUCAGCGACGGCUACGCCUACGAGCUCGUCUGGGUCAUCCCCGUCGCCGGCGUCGCCAUCUGCUGGCAGGUCGCAGAGUUCAUCACCAUCUGUGCCCGCACCGGCCACAAGAGCAUCCACCCCGGCGCCCACGUGGCUCUGCACCUCCUCCUGUGGUUGGGGUUCCUGGUCAAUGUCAUCCUCGACGGCUUCAACGCCGGCUACCUCGCCGAGUACCUGUCCGACUACGACGACUACGGCUACUCCCCCUCGAGCUACUAUUACGGCUACUACAACUUCAUGAUUAGUGGCCAGUACCAGUCCAUCACAUACGCCCUGCUCGCCUUCUCCGCUCUGCUGCUCAUCAUCCACUUCACCCUCUUUGUCCGCGCCUGCAUUGAGACGCAUAAGCGCAACUCCGCGGACCGUGCCGUCCGCUACAUCUACGUCCAGCAGCCCAUGUACUACCCGGGCCAGCAGUUCACCCCUCAGCAGCUCAUGCAGAUGCAGAUGCAGCAGCAACAGUUCUACGGCCAGCCCCAGCCGCAGCAGCCCGUCGUCCCUGGAGGCAUCCAGCAGCCUCAGCCCGCGCACUAUUCUGGUUACUACAGCGACUACUACGACCCCCAGCAACAGCAGCAAGGACAGCAGCAGGGGACAAAGGAGGCGGUGCAGCCGCACGCAACGGGGUCCACGAGCAACGGCCAAGCUGCCGGGCCCUCAGGAUCGGCGUCGGACGGUCGCGGGUCGUAUGUCGAGGCUCCGCAGCCCGUGUAUAACCAGCAGCAGCAUGCGUAA